GAUUGGAAGUGUAAAAAAGGUUUCGUAUGUUUCUCUGGAGGCUACCGAGAAACAAAAGACAUGUGGUGGUUGCGCUUCGGGCCUCUCAAGGUCUGCCCGCCUUAGCCGGCUCAACAGAACGGGAUGGGCAGAACAAAAAAGCAGUCCUCUUUGCGACAACAGGAAACAGCGCGGUUGGUGUAGUGGCCAAGCACAUCACUCUGCUUGUAGUUACUGGCGACUACAGUUCUAGCGUAAGUGAUUUCCCUCCGUCUUCGGCAGUAGCUGCUGCUGCAACUACAGAAGAGGGAGUACAGCAACAUGACACCUUUGCAGUGGGAUACCAAGGGAACCUACCCAAGCUGGUUUGUGGUCGUGCCUGCCUGGGUAUCCAGAGACAAGUGGUGGUUCAGCUCCGUGGGUGCUGCCCUGGGUAUCGUGAAAGAAAUGGUAAGCUGGGAAACUGCUGGGGUUUGGAGGAUUACUCAUGGCGGUUCGAUAUGGUAUUCGUGCUUCUUGUCGAACAUAAAAGAACGGUCUAUACACAUAUAGCUAGAAGGGAUGAUGGCUAA